GACGGGGGUGGUCCGUGACGGCGGGAAAGGAGGAGGCAAGCCAGCCACGUUGCUUAACGAGAGAUGAUUAGCUUUGCCGCCCCUCGGGCCGUCUUCGUCAGUUUGGCUUAGCUGCAUGAUCACUCUUUCCAGUCUGCAUGCAGUAUCUAUCACCCGGCUCGUUCGAAGGCCAGCUCCAUCUUCGUAGCCAUUCCUAUUACUACUCGCAUUUCCUGAACGAGGAUCGAUCGUGCUAUCUCCUGUGGCGUCCUGCUUGUUACUCUCCCGUUCCCUCUUCUUGACUGCAUCUUGCCAACGCUUGGCGGUGCAGGAAGUAGAAAGUGAGAGUUGUUGCACACACACGCGCGACAUACGCACGUUCACAAACCAACGCACAGAGACACACACACACACACACACAACACACACACACACACACACACACACACACACACAGACACACAGAGAGAGAGAGAGAGAGAGAGAGAGAGAGAGAGAGAGAGAGAGAGAGAGAGGAUCGUGGCGCUGAUGAGGUCGAGAGCGCAGCUAUGACAAGCCAGGUGGCAAUACGUCCCGGAGAGAGGGCCCUGUGAGAACUUGGGGAUGUGCUGUUCGGUUUUGGCUGUGCUGUCAGUGACUUGUAACAGCGCGAUCGUCAUUUCGACGGGUCCCUACGUGGAAAGGCGGCUUUCUUUUACGCAGGACGACAAGCGCAGGUCCUACUGGCUAUCUCAUCGGCAUUCUAACUUUUGCGGCGGGCUCAACACUCCCGUUCUCUCCGUACCCACCGCAACUGUGGCACAUCAGUUCCACUGCCGGCCGGCACAGCGAGCGUCGUUGAGCAAGUGCGGCCACGUCUGGGUUGGUACCUACCUGUGGCAAUGUUGAUAUUCAGAAAGUAAUUAAACCUCUUCGUCUUCGUUACGUAUCUGCGCCCUGCGCACGUGCGCGCGCGCGCGCGCGCGUGUGUGUGUGUGUGUGUGUGUGUGUGAGAGAGAGAGAGAGAGAGAGAGAGAGAGAGAGAGAGAGAGAGAGAGAGAGAGAGAGAGAGAGGAGAUUGUUGAGAAGAUUUGCGGGAGUGCUGCUCCAGGUGGCGUGGUGAGCUGGCGGAGAAACGACGCGCGGAAAGGGAGCUUGUCGUGCAUUUCUCGAACGGGAGGAGAGGAGAGAGACUUGUCGGCAGAGAUGGCUGGGCGAGAGAAGGAGCGGUCAUGAGGGAGGGAGAAGCAGGUGGAGAGGACAGGGGAAGAAGGAAUCGGGUAAGGAGUCAUCAGAAGUGCGAGGUAAAAGGGAGAGGUGAUAACGGCGCCACCCUGGUGGAGAAGAGAAGGACGAGCGACAAUGGAGGCUCGACUUCGGUUGAACCGCCCGCUAAGGAAGUUCGGAUUGGUUAAUAUGAUGGCAGCGGUGCCCAUGGUCUCUCUGUCUGGCAUGCUCCAAGGCGGCGCCCAACGCGCGACUGCGCCGUCGGCGGCGACGGCGGCGGCGGCGGCAACUAUGGGCGUUGUUGAAGAUGGCGCGGCUGUUGCUCUUCCCCUUGCUUUUCUCCCGCGGUACGCGGAGUCCGGGGUGGGGUUUGAAUUGGAAAAGCCAGUGAUUAAGCUUAGAGAGGAGGAUCUAGAUCUAAUAGAGGAGGAGAAGACGGACAAAGCGGCGGAGAAGGCAGAUAGGGAGAGAGAGAAGAGGCGGAAGGCUCGGUCCGGGACCAAUCGACAUCAACAGCAACAACUGGGAAAGAAUUCUUCUACCACCUCCUCCUCCGCCUCCUCGUCCUCGUCGUCGUCUCCCCCUGCUUCCACGUCUACCACUGUCGCGAAGAAGCCGAUCGCAGCUGUUCUCUCUCAAACAGGUGCAGUGAAGCUUCGGGUCCGUGUAGGGAACUCCGCUGUGAAGAGAUUGCUGAGCGGCGCCCUCGCUGGUGUUGUAUCGAGGACAGCCGUGGCACCGCUUGAGACGAUCAGAACGCAUCUCAUGGUCGGAAGCGGCGGGAAAACGGUCAACGAUGUCUUCGUGUACAUUAUGAAGAAUGAAGGAUGGACAGGAUUGUUUCGAGCCAACGGCGUUAACGUUCUGCGCGUUGCUCCAAGUAAAGCUAUCGAACUGUUUGCGUAUGACACAGUGAAGAAGAUAUUGGCGCCCCCUGGGAUGCCCCCUCAGAUUCCAUUCCCCAUCGCCCCAGUUGCGGGUGCCUCUGCCGGAGUGUGCUCCACCUUGUGUACUUACCCUCUCGAGCUCCUGAAGACCAGGCUAACUGUCCAGAAAGGAAUGUACGACAACAUGCUGGAUGCCUUCGUGAAAAUAUGGCAAACGGAAGGACCCAUGGAGCUGUACCGAGGUCUUCUUCCCAGUAUCAUGGGUGUGGUACCAUAUGCGGCCAUAAAUUAUUGUGCGUACGACACGUUGAGAAGUACGUACAGGCGGCUGAGUAAAAAACAGCAGAUAGGCAAUUUGGAAACCCUACUGAUGGGUUCAACUGCGGGGGUGAUCUCGAGUGCGGCAACAUUUCCUCUUGAAGUUGCGAGGAAGCACAUGCAAGUGGGGGCCGUGAGUGGCCGGCAAGUCUACAAGAACAUGUUUCAGGUGAUUAGUCACAUAUUGCAGGAGCAGGGACCAGCAGGAUUGUACAGAGGCCUAGGAGCAAGCUGUAUGAAGCUCAUGCCAGCAUGUGGGAUAUCGUUUAUGUGCUAUGAGGCGUGCAAGAGAAUAUUGAUAGAGGACGAGGUUCACGACUGAGCUAGUGGAUAAGCGGCACUUGUUAACUGAUGUCAAACGUGCAGCGCUUCUCUCUGUGAGCUGGUGGGGUAGAAAACAUGCAGGGCACCUGUGGUUGUUUUCACGCCCUUAAGCUAUCGAUGCCUUGUCGAUGAGCGGCAGAGAAAGGCGGCCAUGCCAGCGGCACUCACUGAGGAAGGUUCCCCUGAUCGUCGAAGAACGGUUUUGUGGCUUACACCUAUCGCCAGUGGUCCGCAGUGUGGUGUCCUCAGGCCCACCGGCACAACUUCCUGAGCAGGGGAUCGUUGACGAAAUCACACUCCUCCCGGAGAGAGGGAUGUGAUCUUCAGAGUCCACUCCUUAUGUGAUGUACCGGGCAGGCAGAUUCCAGCUCUUUCUGAGCAUGCUGGUGAAGAUCUACUACAGCAGUAGAUGUUUCUGUCUUACCUCAUGAAAUGCUGUAUGUAGCUGUUUCUCAUCCGGCAAUUAGUAUAUAGACCCGAUGACCUGUGAACACUGCAUGGUGUAGCAACUGUCUGGGCCGUCUGAGAGGUGCGAAGUCCAAGCGCAGGACUGAGGACAAUCAUGCAAUGUAUCAAAGAGGUAUGCUUCGGCUAAGACGGCAUGUCGGUGCACAGCGAAUGGAGUGCACAGCCCGGAUGCUCAGACAUUUUUUUUUGGGGGGGGGGUGCUGAAAAAUGAAGAUCAAUACGUGGAUAGAACGAAAAUGUGGAUAUGCUCAGACGCCCAUUCUGUGGUGGGGCAGUUUCACAGCAGAUUUGAUGUGAUUCGGAGAGUUGUUUCGCAACGGCUGACGGUCACUGAUGCAGUGUAAUUUUCUCUCUUCUCAGUUGACUAGACACUGUUGGGUGGGGUCUGCAAGGGUAAUCAGCAGAGCCAGUGCUUGGAAAGAGGUCGUGCGUAUGGCUUUUGGCGACCCUGGUUUUGACCAAUCAAACGACAAUGUGCAGGGUGCAGGAUGUGUAUGCGGCUGCUUUCAUAUCGGCGCUCCUCUUCUGGUGGCUCUGUAAAUGGUGGAUGAACUCUUCAUCCUGUGAAGAGUCACAGCACAGCCUGUGCAUGCAUGCACACAUGUGCGCGCACACAUGUUAGGUGGACCUGGUGUUCAUGCACGCAUGUGCACGCAUUGGGUGGAUCUGGUGUUGAUACUCGUGAUUUUAUAACACACAGAAACACACACACACACACACACACACACACACACACACACAGAGAGAGAGAGAGAGAGAGAGAGAGAGAGAGAGAGAGAGAGAGAGAGAGAGAGAGAGAGAGAAGAAUGGGGAAGAUUUUCCUGAAAUGUGGAGUUUGUAGGCCAUUGCGCUGUUAAUUGGAUUUGAUCGAGCUGUAUGCAAAGAUUUGAUGCUGAUGUGAACAGCAAGCACACUUUCUGGGAAGGCAGACAUUUGAACGUCCCCUUUGGAGCAUGGGGGCUUGGUUGAUAGUUUGGGAGGUAGUUAGAUGUUUGCUCGGCAACUGCCAUACAUUUGGUGAGAAUUACAUCAUCUGUGGGACUUGCACCAUCUUCCUUGGGGCGAAGAUGCCUUUUGUGGGAGUCCAGUACGAGGAAAGUGUCGUCUUUCAGUUCGUGAUGGGAUGUGGUUGCCCUCAUCUUUUAGUCGCUAGUAAUGCUGAUGCGCAAGAACAAAAUGCGAAUGAGCAAAGUUCCCCUCUGUUGGAUUGAGGCUGUAAUGUUUUGGACGGUUGAGAUAGUGAUAGGCGCCCGGGAGGGUGAUAAGAAGAUGCCGACAGUGAGAAGUGGCUUUGAUGCGGACUGUCACCAAUUAUUGCAAGUUGUUCAAAACGUGUCUCUUGCGCUCCUUGAAGACCACUUUGCGUCAGGCAAUUGUUGAUUGAAGUUUGUUCCGCUGGUGUUUUACCAGCUGACAUGGACGUUGAGGACAUGAGUCUCUUUUGUUUGUGAUGAGCAGCAGUACAUUGCUACUGCUGCAGAUGGUUGAUCUAUGUGGCAUGCGUACCUUGUAUCAGUUUGGACAUGCACAUUCGUGUGCACAUACUCACAUACACACACACACAGACAAACAGAUAGAUAGAUAGAUAGAUAGAUAGAGAGAGAGAGAGAGAGAGAGAGAGAGAGAGAGAGAGAGAGAGAGAGAGAGAGAGAGAGAGAGAUUGUCUGGCGGCAAUGAUGGCGGUAAUGUUGGGAGGAUUUCAAGGUUAGGAAUGUGUUCUGCUUCAGGAUGGGCAGCGUAUUCAAGAAAUGGGUCCUCAGAUAGAGUUUGAGCGACUGGAGCUGUUUUUGAUGUUCUUCCUGGGGGAGCGCGGGGUAGACGUCGCCAUUGGUACGCAGCUUCAAUUGAUGUUCUUCGGCUUCAGCGUAUCCGUAGACUGUUUGGCAUAUCCGGUUGCCCUGGUGACCUACAUGAUUGAGAUCUUGGUAGAUGGGAUCAAAUUGUUGUGAAUUGCCUUUUCCAAUCUGCUGUUCAGAUAAAGUAGGUAUUUAUUA